AUGCUGACAUUUUUGAGUUUAUUUCUGCUUUUGGGAGAAGUCUAUUCCGGAAUCACUCUACUUGAGUCAAAUUACUUCACUUCAGCCGAACAGACAGCCAUUCUGAAUUCCCACAACACAUUCCGCUCGAAAUUGGCUUUGGGUAAGUACAAGUCGGCUACUGGAGUCACCUUCGCCAAGGCCACAAACAUGAGACAAUUGACCUGGGACUUGAACCAAGCAACCCAAUCAUGGUACUAUGUAGGUCACUGCCCAAUGACCCCCUCCACGUACAAGGGACAAAACUUCUACAAAGGAGUGAACGUCUCAAAGACCGGAUGUGGCACAAGAGCUUGCAGUGCUUGGUCGGCUCAGUUUCACGCGUUUGGACCCAGGGGAUACGUAAUGACAGCUGACACAAAACAGUCCACACAAAUGGCCUGGGCCACAUCUCAAUCGGUCGGCUGUGCGUGGGCGGUGUGCAAAAAUGGAGUGGACAAUGUGACGAUCGUUGUUUGUCGAUAUACACCAGGGGGAAACACGGCUGGAAUGAAAGCCUAUGUCCAAGGGCCAACAACUUGUUCGGCUUGCCCUCCAACUACAGCUCCUUGUGACAAAACAACUGGGCUUUGUACACAACCACCAGCUUACAAGCUUUUCCCAGCCACUGAUCAGGUCUACUUUUUAAAUAAAUUCAACACAAUCCGCUCGCAAAUGGCUCUCGGAAAAGUGACAUGGAAUAAUAGGAGUUGGGCUGAAGAGCACGACUAUCCAUAUAUUGAUCAAGCAAACGAGACGAUUCACUGGCCAGCAUCAAAAGCCACAUAUCAAUUGAAAUGGGACACAGGACUGGCUCUGUCUGCUGGCAAAAAGCUUGGGUCGCUGAAAUAUGUUGGAGACUCUGGAGUGAGCUUUGUCUUAAACGGGAGUGUCGGUCUAUUUGGUUACAAUCUCAUGUCUUGUUGUAUGUCGGGGAGACAAGAGACCGAGAAGACCUUGCAGCAAAUGAUCAAUGGUGCCUGGUUCUCCUCUUGGUACGGCUGGUUGUCAACGUAUGGAACUCUCAAAGCCGCCUAUCAUACUGUAACCGAUAACACAAAUUUCAUAGAAGUUCAAGAGGAUUACGGAUAUACGUACUUGGCGGGAAGUGCCCGAAAAAUUGGAUGCGCUUAUCGAAAUGACACCGACUAUUGGGCGAUUUUGUGCUACACGUGGCCAAAAGGUCUAACGGUGAAUUCGGCUUUCUACCCAUCGGGAACCCCGCUUGCGCCUCUUGUCCAACGGCCACCGCCCCGUGCACAAAGACCACUGGGCUCUGUGUCCUUAAAUGAUUUACAGCUUGUAAAGUUAUUG